AUGCCCCCACCUAAUGUUUCCGCACUACCUAAAGCUACUCAAUUGCCAUCUCAACCUAUGCCAAAUCCUAACAAUAAACAACUACAACAACAACAUGUUUAUACUACUGAUCCAAAUCAAUAUCCUACCUAUGUUGUUAAUAUAAGUGAUAUCCAUUUAAGGUCUGAAACAACUCUUCCUACACCAUCACCUUCAGUUAUCACCGAAAUACUUGAUGAAGGACAUAUCUACCAAAGUGCCAAAAAUUCACCAAUCCCAUCAAGGCCAGAACAACAAGAAUCAAGUAAUACUCCUCCGUUUCCUCAAAGAUUAGAGGCAAAACCAACUAAACAAAAAGAACCCAUAUUUGAUAUUAUGGAUCAGUUAAAGAAUUUAUGUGUCAAGAUUCCCUUGUUUCAAGCAAUAAAUGAUGUUCUAAUACAUGGGAAGGCAAUAAAAGAAGCUUUCUUGAAAAAGACAGGAAGAAAGAAGAAAGAUCCAUCAACAGUUCAUGUUGUAGGCCAAUUAGCAGACCUCAUGUUAGGGAAAGUUUCUAUCCCUAAGUAUUCAGACCCAGGAAAUCCUCUUGUGGUAGUAGUUGUCAAUGGAGUUCAAGUUCAUAAUGCUCUUAUUGACCUUAGGGAAGCUAUCAAUGUUAUGACAAAGGAUGUGAUGCAAAAAAUCAACAUCACUAACCUAAGGACUAAAACUAUAGUCCUACAACUUGCAGACAAUUCCAUUGUUACAUUAGAUGGUAUUGUGGAAGAUCUUGUAGUAACACUAGAUUCUUGGGAAUAUUCAACUGACUUUGUCAUUAUUUCACCCAAAGUAACUUUAGGAGGCUAUCCUAUUAUUUUGAGUAGACCUUUGUUAUCCACAACAUAUGAUUUCAUAAGAUGUAGAUCAAGGGACAUGACUAUUUCUGAUGGGACAAAAACUAAAACACUUGCAUUAUAUUCACCUAUCCAACCUCAAGUUGAGGAUGACCAUUUAGUUUGGCCAGACAUAGAAGAAGAAUCUAAUAAAGUCAAUUCCAUACAAUAA